AUGUUGACACCCACACGGAAACCAACACAUACCUUCUCUCAAACAUGUCCUUACGUGUCACAUGCACACGCAUAUGUAAAUGCACCCACGUAUGUACAAAAUACCACCCACGUGCACGCAUGCACACACACAUACACAGACACGCCCACACGCACCCAUCCAUAUGUGCAAAGAGACACAUGCGACCUAAUGAGACACAUAGCGCCCGCCCCUACUCCCACCUCUCAUCCUGCUCCUCUUCGUCCGAAGUGCUUCCUCAAUUUGAAAAUUGCGGUUUCGACAGUCUUGUGCUGCUGUACCAUCAAGGGAAAAAGUGAUUGCGGAAGAAUGAGCACGGAAACGCGAGAGGGUACAUGA